AUGAAUCCCGCCGGAGCAAAGCUAAUCGACAGGCGGCUUCAUACUGUCCCUGGCAAGCUUCGAGUGGCUGAGCUGUUUUUCGAUGUCCCCUUGAAUUACAGCAAACCCAACGAAGAGCGAAUACGCCUCUUCGCUCGGAGCGUCCGUCGCCCUGCAAUCUUUCCCGACACCGAGGCGAACGAGAAGCCUCUUCCGUGGUUUGUGUAUUUGCAGGGUGGCCCGGGUUUUGGAUGUCGACCACCACAGGAAGUGGGAUUUGUCCCAUUUGUUCUCGACAAGGGGUAUCAGAUUCUGCUCCUCGACCAACGUGGAACUGGCCUAAGCUCCACAAUCACCUCGCAAACUCUUGCCCGCCAAGGUAGCGCAAUCAAACAGGCCGAAUAUCUAAAAAAUUUCCGCGCAGACAAUAUUGUGCGCGAUUGCGAGGCUAUACGUAAAUAUUUGACCGCUACUUAUUCGGAAGAGUAUCAGAAAUGGAGCGUUUUAGGGCAGAGUUUUGGUGGAUUUUGUGCGACCACCUAUUUGUCGCAGUUUCCCGAGGGUUUGCGCGAAGUCUUCUUGACUGGUGGAUUGCCUCCGCUAAUCAACGGACCUGACCCGAUAUAUGAAAAGACAUAUCAAAAGGUGAUAGAACGGAAUGAAGCGUACUAUCAAAAAUUCCCCGAAGAUGCAGAGCGUGUCAAAAGGAUCAUUCAAUAUCUGCAGCAGAACAAGCCUCGUUUGGGAGCUGGUAUGCUCACAGCAGAGAGAUUCCAGCAGAUCGGUAUAACCUUCGGGGUUCAUGGUGGUCUGGAUAGCAUUCAUGAUAUCGUUCUGCGAAUGACUCUUGAACUCGAUCAUUUCGGUUUCCUGACGAGGCCGACACUCUCACUACUUGAGAGCUAUGGAGAGUACGAUAACGCUGUCAUAUACGCUGUCUUGCACGAGCCUAUAUACUGUCAGGGAUUGCGUGCGCAGAAUCCCAAGUUCCGAGUCGAGGGCAGCACCGAACCCGAGAUCUAUUUCACCGGAGAAAUGAUAUACAAAGACAUGUUCGACUCGUACGACGAACUAAGCGAGCUCAAAGAAGUCGCGGACAUUCUCGCAACCACAGAUGACUGGCCCAAGCUCUACGAUGAAGCGCAACUGGCCAAAAACGAGGUCCCAGUGUAUGCAGCUACUUUCGUAGAUGACAUGUACGUUGACUAUAGCUAUGCGACUGAGACAGCCAAGAAAAUCAAGGGCGCAAAGCAGGUCAUUACGAACACCAUGUAUCACAGCGCGUUGCGCGAUAGAGGGGACGAAGUUAUGCAUCAACUGUUUUACUUGAAGGAGGAUACGAUUGAUUAG